AAAAACAAAACAGAAAUACCCUCUUGUGUUUUCGUUUUUCCUCAUCGCUCUUUUAUUGUGCGUGGGAUUUAUUCUGUUUAUUCUUGUUUCAAAUCUGAUUCAUCCUCAACCUAUCAACAUCAUUAUAACAAAAACAAAGAAAAAAGAUUGGAGGAAUAAGAAGAAAAAGAGCAAUUUGUAAAUGGAGGAUGAUAUAGUAGUACCCUUAAGCGUCCCGUGAGAUCCUUCUUCAUCUUUGAGAUCGAUCCUUCCUUAGAAUCAUAAUGCCUGUGCCAGAUCCACGGGCGGGGCAGGCGUUCAUCUGUCUCAUUACUUUAUUUCUUUUCCUAUCAAUCGCGGUUGGAGGCGGUUGUCUAAUUGCAUAUACAAUUCUUCCUUACCCUCCAGUUUGGCUCUCCUACCUCGGCAUUGUCUUUGUUUGUCUCCCUUGGUUCUUUUGGAUCCUAACAUUUGCCUACCGCAUUGUUUCACGUACUUUUGGAUUUAGGAUGGUUGUUGGAUCCGGUGGUAAUAAUAACAACGCGAAUGGAGAAACCAUGACGCGUGAUCUUGACCCUCCUGAGCAAUCUUUAGAGUCUCCUGAUGAUGAUGAUCCAGAGCCAAUAGCUCACCCACAAGGCCAAGUUCUAGUGUCGAUUGAAGGGAAUCAAUCGAAGAAACGAAUGUCAACCUCCAGUAAUUCUACUAUCGCUUCGCAUGAAAGUGAGAUGCCACUAGCCAUUUCUAUGGCCUCAUGAUCAUAUAUGUCUUGUUGACACAUGAAGGGAUCUUGACAUAGAUAUAGGCAUCAGGACGAAGAUGCUAACCAGAUUAUUAGCCUCUUGAAAACACGGGAAAUUUUGCUGUUUUUAUUUUGUAUCUUUUACAGAUAGAUUUGUAGAUUCAACAAACAAACAAAAAGAAGUGUACACCUUUUAGCACUACCAAAGGUUUCCUCAAACCCUAACCCCUCAGAAAUUGACAUGGUUUUCAUUUUAUGUUUUAGAAUCAAGAGAAUGUUUGUUACGAAGGGAUAUAGUUUUAGAUGUUUUUGGCGUGGUACUUGCGUAAUGCGGAUUUUAUAGGGUAGAUCAACAUCUAAGAUUUGUGAAGUUUAUGUAAUUUUGUAUAUAUCUACUACUAGUUUGGUAAUAUAAUUCUGCGGUUGAAGCCUUUGGUUCUAGGGUUCCUUAACUUGACAAACAAUCCAAGUUAUCGGAAUGUUGAGUUUGAAAUAUUUUGGCAUCUGCAAAAUGGGUCAAUCCACUGAUUCACGCAACGAUGUGGUGCUGGUGAAACCAAUAUAGUCACUUGCAUCUUCUUCAUAAUGAUUGAUACA